UCUGAAAAUAUUCCCGGAUGUUUCGCUACUGCUUCACCGGAUGUUAGUAAACUGUGGCUCGAAGACGGAAGCUGUAAAUUUUGACAGAACAGCUGAGGUGAAGCUCAGUCUGACGAUGAGCGUCCCAGACUACAUGCAGUGUGCCGAGGACCACCAGACGGUGCUGGUGGUGGUCCAGCCGGUGGGCAUCGUGCCCGAGGACCAGUUCUUCAAGAUCUACAAGCGCAUCGCCAGCGUGAGCCAGGUGAACAUCCGCGACUCCCAGCGGCUCCUCUACAUUCGCUACCGCCACCACUAUCUGCCCGAGAACAACGAGUGGGGCGACUUCCAGACGCAUCGCAAAGUGGUGGGCCUCAUCUGCAUCACCACGUGUAACUCUGCCAAGGACUGGCCACAGACCGCCGAGCGCUUCCACGGCCAGAAGGAGGUGUACAGCUCCACCCUGUACGACUCGCGCCUGCUGGUGUUCGGCCUGCAGGGGGAGAUCGCCGAGCAGCAGCGCACCGACGUGGCCUUCUAUGCGGACUUCGAGGAAUGCUCCGACGUGGAGCGGAGGGUCGAGGACUUUGUGGAGUCCAUAUUUAUAGUCCUGGAGUCCAAGCGGCUGGACCGGGCCACGGAUAAGUCCGGUGACAAGAUCCAGCUGCUCUGCGUGCCUUUUGAAAAGAAGGAUUUUGUGGGUUUGGACACAGACAGCAGUCCCGUGAGUUUAUUGUUGGGUGUGAAAAGGCAUUACAAGAAGCGUUGCCAGGGGCGGAUGAGGAAGCAUGUUGGGGACCUGUGCCUGCAGGCAGGGAUGCUGCAGGAUGCGCUGGUCCACUACCACAUGGCUGUGGAGCUGCUCAGGGGAGUCAACGAUUUCCUCUGGCUUGGUGCUGCGUUGGAAGGCUUAUGUUCAGCCUCUGUCAUCUUCCACUACCCGGGAGGCACAGCGGGAAAGAUGGCCGCACGCAAGCCCAGCAUCUCCCAGCCGGCCGAUGCGGGCAAACGCCACAGACCAGGGGCUCAGGAGGUUCUCAUUGAUCCAGGUGCCCUGACGGCCAACGGCAUCAGCGCCGACACCAGCACAGAGAUUGGACGAGCAAAGAACUGCCUGAGUCCGGAGGACAUCAUCGAGAAAUACAAAGAGGCCAUCUCCUACUACGGAAAGUACAAGAACGCAGGUGUGAUCGAGCUGGAGGCCUGUGUUAAAGCCGUCAGGGUGUUGGCCAUCCAGAAGAGAGCCAGGGAGGCCUCAGAGUUCCUGCAGAACGCUGUCUACAUCAACCUGGGACAGCUGUCGGAGGAGGAGAAGAUCCAGCGCUACAGCAUCCUGUCUGAGCUCUACGAACUCAUCGGCUUCCACCGCAAGUCGGCUUUCUUCAAGCGCGUGGCAGCCAUGCAGUGUGUAGCCCCCACCAUCUCCGAGCCGGGCUGGAGGGCCUGCUACAAGCUGCUGCUGGAGACUUUGCCUGGAUACAGCCUGUCUCUCGACCCCAAGGAUUUCAGCAAAGGCACCCACAGAGGCUGGGCAGCUGUACAGAUGCGCCUGCUGCAUGAGCUGGUAUACGCCUCCCGCCGCAUGGGCAACCCGGGCCUGUCUGUGCGCCACCUGUCCUUCCUGUUGCAGACCAUGCUGGACUUCCUGUCUGAUCAAGAAAAGAAAGAGGUGACCCAGAGUCUGGAGAACUACACCUCCAAGUGUCCAGGUGGGAUGGAGGUCAUCACUCUCUCUGAUGGACUCAAGCUCCCACCAGUUCCCUUCACGAAGCUCCCAAUGGUCCGAUCGGUUAAGCUGCUCAAUCUGCCCACCAGUCUGCGGCCUCACAAAGUGAAAAGCCUGCUGGGACAGAGCGUGUCUACCGCUAGUCCCUUCAUCUACUCACCCAUAAUCAUGCACAACAGAGGAGAGGAGCGCUGUAAGAAGAUAGAUUUCCAGUGGGUUCAAGGAGACGUUUGUGAAGUCCAGCUGAUGGUGUACAACCCGAUGCCCUACGAGCUUCGUGUGGAGAACAUGGGUCUGCUGACUUCUGGAGUGGAGUUUGAAUCUCUGCCAGCUGCUCUGUCCCUGCCCGCUGAGUCCGGGCUGUACCCCGUCACUCUCGUCGGAGUCCCGCGCACAGCUGGCAACAUCACGGUGAACGGUUACCACACGUCCGUAUUCGGCGUGAGCAGCGACUGCCUGCUGGAAGGCCUGCCAAGUGUGAAGACAAGCGGCUGUUUAGUGGAAGUCAUUCCCUCCCUUCCUCGGCUUCAGCUCAGCACAUCACUUCCACGAUCAGCUCACACCCCUCAACAUAUGUCCAAAGAAGAACUGUCCAGCUCCGUGUCCGUCCAGCUCUUUAACGGAGAGCGGCAGCAGCUGACCAUCACCUUGGAGAACAUUGGCACGGAAGACAUUGAGAGUCUGGAGCUGACCUCUAAGACCGUCAACACUAAAGACAAAGUGUUUGGCAAAUUUCUGAGUUGGGAUAUAGAGGAAGCAGUUCAUCAACUUCCGCUUAAGCCGGGCCAGACUGUGACUCUCGCUAUCAGCAUCAAAGUCAAGCUGGACUUCUCCGGUCAGGAGAACCUGCUGCAGGACCUGAAUGAUGAUGGGAUCAGCGUGACGGGUUUGCCGAUCGCCAGUCCUCUUCGACAAGUCCUGAAGCCCAGGACCGAGACCAAAGCGUUGAGCAGCGAGUCCGGCAAGGCCGAGUACAGCCACGUCAAGACUUUGGAGGCGGUGCUGAACUUCAGGUACUCCGGUGGAGCGGGCAAAGUGGAGGGCUACUACAGGGAGCUGUCUCUGGGCAUCCAUGUAGACGUGGAGCCGUCUGUGUUUUUCACCAGAGUUAGCACCCUUCCUGCUACCAGCACCCGGCAGUGCCACCUUCUGCUCGACAUCUUCAACCCGACGGAACACGAGCUCACAGUCAGCGCCAAGAACAGCGAGGACCUGGUGCUGCAUCCCAGCGAGUGUCAGAGGAUGGCCAUCCAGGUCGACAAAUUUGACUUUGAGAGUCUGCCCCAGCUGGACCAGGAGGCGGCCCUCUUCAGCAGCCCCAAACAGCUGGAGGAGGAGCGACAGCACGCCCAGGGCUGCCAGAUCAACAGCAAGCUGGACAUCUGUUGGAACAUACCAUCUCUACAGCGGCGUGGAGAGGCCAGCGUGGAGGGAGCCCUAAACCAGCUGGUCCUGGAGCACCUGCAGCUCGCUCCUCUGCAGUGGGACGUGCUGGUGAACGGGAAGCCGUGCGACUGCGACGUGGUGGCAGACUGCAGAGUGGGCGACGCCGUGACCCUGGAGGUUAAACUGACCAACCUGAACAAGAACCCGGUGGGCCCGCUGUCUCUGACCGUGAUGCCGUAUCAGGACUACCAGAACGGGGUCCAAAACUACGACCUGGACGAAGCGGUCACCUUCGUCGGCUCCAACACCUUCUUCAUCGACGUGGUUAAACCCAGGGAGAGCUCGGUGUGUGAGGGCGCCCUGCUCUUCCUCUACACCGGAGACUUCUACCUCAACAUGAAGGUUCAGGACGACAGCGCCCGGCGGGAGCUUCCUCUGGCCUGGUUCACCCUGCCUGGCGUCCACGUCAGGGCCCAGGACACGCCGCUGCAGGCCGGGGCCUAACGGACCCAAACAGCUAAACGUAGCACAAUGUGGUGCAGAUGUAACAGCCUGGAUGUGACUUCGUUACAGGUUUCUGCUUCUGUUUGAAGGAAUCGACACAACCUGCUCACCGGAGGACAUGUUUUCAAAAGCUAAACUGACACUGAUGAUGAAAAUCAAACUGACUUUAUCUUUCAUUACAGGAAGCAGGAGUUAGCUUAGCACUGUGAGCUCUGCUGAGUCGACUUCCUCCCUCAGAGCCCACAUGAUUAUCCCCUCUGUGAAACCGCUCUGUUUCAACAGCUCUAUACUUUUUUUUUUUUUUUUUUGUGUACGGCUGCAGAAUCAUAAGGCAUCGAGAUAUUGAUUUAUUUAAUUAGCUGUGUGACUGGUCUGAUUAUGCUGAUGAUAAACUGCUGUAAAUAAAUGCUAGAAAAAGUGA